CUCUAUCUAUCUAGCAAUACGCCAAUAUACUAGCUAGCAAUACGCCAAUAUAUAUAAUACUAUCAUCUUAUCUCGACCUUGUGUAAGUUACUAGUGUUGCACAACAAACAAGUGAACAACCAUGGUAGGUGGUCCAAAAAACGCCACCACUCCUCCACUCAACACUCACAAGCUCCUCCAUCGAGCCACCUUCAACCGCCUUUACAUGGCGGUUUACACGGUUGCCUUACUAUCACUUCUCUACCACCACAUACAUACACUCCUCAACUCUCCUUCCACAACUUCCUUCAUUUUCACCCUUCUUCUUCUCCUCUCUGAUCUCGUCCUCGCCUUCUCAUGGCUCUGCACACAAGCCUUCCACUUCCGCCCUAUACGACGCCAUGAGUUCAUCGAAAACCUCGAAACAAUGAUCGUAAAACAAGCAAAGGAGUUUCCGGCGGUGGACAUAUUUAUAUGCACGGCUGACCCUUACAAGGAACCACCCAUUGGGACGGUGAAUACGGCGUUGUCGGUCAUGGCAUAUGAUUACCUGCCGGAGAAGAUAUCGGUUUAUGUUUCCGACGAUGGUGGAUCUCAAGCUACUCUCUUUGCUUUCAUGGAAGCUGCUAAGUUUGCUCGAUAUUGGUUGCCUUUUUGUAGGGAAAAUAAUGUUGUGGAAAGAUGUCCUGAAGCUUACUUUAAUGGCAGUUUCUACGGUAGUAGUUCACCUGACGCUCUUAAGAUGAAGAUUAUGUAUGAAAGCAUGAAGGGUAGAGUUGAAAAUGCAGUAGAAAGUGGGAAAAUUGAGGAGGAGCAUAUUGAUGAUAACGAAGAAAUGCAAGAGGCAUUUGCGAAAUGGACUGACAACUUUACUCGUCAAGUUCAUCCUACAAUAAUCCAGGUUUUACUAGCUAAUACGAAGGACAGAGACGUUAGUGAUAAAUUGAUGCCUAACUUGAUCUAUGUCUCUAGAGAGAAAAGUAAGAUGCAUCCCCAUCACUUCAAGGCAGGUGCACUCAAUGCUUUGGUUCGUGUAUCAGCAACGAUGACAAAUGCACCAAUAGUGCUAACUUUGGAUUGUGACACAUAUUCAAAUGAUCCACAAACCAUUAAACGGGUUUUAUGUUACUUUUUUGAUCCUGAGAUUCGAUCCACAACAGCAUAUGUUCAAUUUCCUCAGAUCUUUCGUGGGCUCAACAAAGGCGAUAUUUAUUUUAGUGAACAUAAACGUCUUUUCCAAAUCAACCCAUUAGGAAUGGAUGGGCUUUUGGGCCCAAAUUAUGUGGGCACUGGAUGCUUCUUCCAACGUCGUGCAUUCUUUGGAUGUCCAUCAUCUUUUAUCCAGCCCGAAAUGCCUGAACUUAGCCCCAAUUAUGUAGUAAAGAAGCCCAUUGGGUCAGUAGAGACUCUUGAUUUGGCCCAUCGUGUUGCUGCGUGUAACUAUGAGAACCACAAUGGAUGGGGCAUAAAGUUGGGCUUUCGGUAUGGGUCAUUGGUUGAGGAUUAUUAUACGGGCUAUCGGAUGCAAUGUGAGGGAUGGAGGUCCAUAUUUUGCAGCCCAAAAAGGUCAGCAUUCUUAGGGGAUUCACCUGUCACGCUAAUUGAUCUGCUAAGCCAAUGCAAGAGGUGGACUAAUGGGCUUCUUGAUGUGCUCUUCUCAAAAUACAGUACUAUAACAUUUGGUUUCCAGAAGAUGGGCCUACUCAUGAGUUUCGCUUAUACCUACUACGCAAUUUGGCCCAUUCUAUGCAUUGCAUUGACUAUUUAUGCCUUCAUUCCUCAGCUUGCUCUCCUCAAUGGAAUUUCCACCUUCCCACAGAUAUCAGACCCCCGGUCCCUAUUAUAUGUAUUCCUUUUCGUUGGAGCCAACGGAAAAGAUCUCCUAGACUUUCAUCUUGAGAAUGGAACAUUUCAAAGGUGGUGGAAUUCUCAAAGAAUGUGGAUGAUUUGCGGACUCUCAAGUUUCCUCUUCGGAUGCAUAGACUACACUCUUAGCUCCUUAGGCAUCGCCGUGCGUGGAUUUGAUCUCACGAGCAAAGUGCAAGACGAUGAACUAAGCAAGAGGUACGAUCAAGGGACUUUCGAAUUCGGCGUCGCAUCACCUAUGUUUGUGCCUAUGACAAUGGCUGCAAUAAUCAACGUUGUUUCCUUUGUUGUGGGAUCAAUUGGGUUGUUUCGAAGCGGAAUUCGAAAUAUGGAGGGGCUAAUCUUGCAGAUUUUGUUGUCUGGUUUUGUGGUGAUUAAUUGCUGGCCAGUUUAUGAAGCUAUAGUGUUUAGAAGUGAUAAUGGAAGGAUGUCUACUAAGAUCACCUUAAUUGCAGCAUUUUUAACCUCAAUUAUGUGCUUGCUUGCUUAUUAGCUUACGGUGUAUUGUUGGAAGUUACGAUCACUUUUGUUCAAUCUGGUUGAUUUUUCGCAA